UUUAAUUUUGCACAUUUUCAGAUCAAGAUUUACCAAAUAUGAGGCAUGAAAAAGGAAAACGGCUCUUAUUUGAUGUGUCUGAAGUCUCGCCAAGCCAGACGAUAAUGGGGGCUGAGCUCAGGCUUUACCAAAGUUCUAAUUACACAAUUAAAAGUGAUAAUCUAUUUACUGUGUCAGUUUACAUGGUUCUCUCGGAAAAAGAAAACAAAAAUUCACUGGAGUUUGUCGAUUCUGUAAAUACGACUUACGACAAUGAAGGUUGGCUUAUAUUCAAUGUGACUGGUGUGUUCACCAACUGGGUAGCCUUCCCAGAUUCAAACAAAGGACUUUAUUUGAGAAUAUACCCACAUGAUUCUCCAGGUAAUAUAAUCCAUGCAGAAAAGCUUGGAAUCACAACUUUACCAGGGAACAAAGACAACAACGAAAUAGACAAACAGCCAUUUAUGGUAGCAUUUCUCCAAGGCGGUACGGAAAGCAAACAGAGAGUCAAGAGGCAAGUGAAAAAUCGAAAAAAGAAGGCAGACCAGUCUGAAAAUCCUUAUAGCCGUAGUCCUCUUUUAGAACCACCUCAUAUAUGGCAGCAUAGUCAGAGGAGCUGUCAAAUUCAGACACUUUACGUCAGCUUUCGUGACCUCGAAUGGCAGGAUUGGAUAAUUGCACCUGAUGGCUAUGGCGCAUUUUAUUGUAGCGGUGAAUGCAAUUUCCCUUUAAACGCCCACAUGAACGCUACAAAUCAUGCUAUCGUUCAGACGCUCGUUCACCUGAUUAACCCGCUCCAAGUUCCAAAGCCAUGCUGCGCUCCGACCAAGUUGACGCCGAUAUCUGUGCUGUACUAUGUCGAUGAUUCAAAUGUGCUGCUUAAAAAAUAUAAAAACAUGGUCGUUAAGAGUUGUGGGUGUCAUUAAACAGUAACUUGCCUUAGUGCCUUGUAUGUUGUGAUAAUCUCAAAAUGAAGACUUACCUAUUUUUUAUUGAGCAUGUACUCUUUUAAAAACAUUUUUUUUAAUAACCUGUGCCAUGCUUUUAUAUUAUGAAAUAUUUGUUUACUGUGAUAGCUUUACAACUAAUUUUAAAUGUUUUACUUAAAUAUUGAGGAAAUCUUUGUAUUAAAUUUGAACAAAA